AUGUCUUCUGCAGUCUAUUCAAUUGAAGUCACAACCCUGUUUACAGGACCUAACCAGCCAGAUCCGAGUCAGGUAUACGGAGUGUUGCACUCGGAUGGAAGCAUGGUGACCUGGCCAGAAACUCUCACCACCUCGCCGCCGGUGUCGUCACACUCAACGGGGAUCUCAACAGGAGCAACUGCUGGAAUCGCCAUUGGAUGUGCUCUCGUUGGUCUGGCGAUUGGUCUCCUUGUGGCAUUCUGCCUCUUCAGGCGCAAGGGAAAGCGCAACGGCUUACAGGGCAAUGGGGUUCUGCCUCGUGAAUUCGAGGAAUAUCCCUCGGAUAAAGGAACUCCUGUCCACGACAUCCAACUGAACCAGUUCCUGCUCGAGGCCACUCCUGACAGGGACAUUGCUCAAGAAACGCAAUCAAUCGGGGCACUCAUCGAUCAACAUGUCGAAAGCUACUACCACACGCACCCAGUCACAGUCGAUAACAGAGCGCUUGCAUCAGUUCUGACCCAACUUGGUUUCCCAUUGACCACCAACUCGACGUCGCUGGACGCUCAAAGCGCCGCUGCUCUCUGCCUCGAUCCACGAAGCCGACGAGUCGGCCUCCGGCAUGUCCUCAUGCGAGUCCUCUUCAGCAGUAUCGACAUGCACUCCCCCCACGGUCCCUCGAUGCUACCCGCACCAGCCGCCUCAUUUCUACGAGCCAUACCACCGGCGGAAAGCGACCGCUUUGGCGACCCUCAAGCAAACACGCUAGCUCUUCGGAAGUGGCGCAAUCUCUCGGCCUUUCUUCUCCAUCCGGCUCGCAGCCAGCGGACCUCGCUCCCGCUCGGGGACGCCGCGGUCGCGAUGCAGGCCCAGGAGCUAGCCAGCUCACUCAACUUAUUCCUGCGCUUCUUUGUCGAUCAGCAGCUCCAGCAGCAGCAGGUGGGCCACCUGCAGGCGAUAAUUGAGGAGUGCGCCAAAUUAGGCUACAUGCUGUUCUCUCACCCGAGUGACUGGGAAUUCAUUUGCGAGGCGGGUGGGCCGACGCGAGGAGUCGUUGUCGAGGCUGGUCUGUGCAAGCUGGGGGGCCGGGACGGGGCUCCUACACCAUCUCCCCAGAGGCUGCUUGAGCCAGUUGUGGUGUCUUCUCAAUCCAGUCGCUAG